AUGGCAGCCGUAGACGUGGAUGUCGUAGAGAGUGCUUCGAGAGCUGUGAAUUCAUCCAGUGGUAGAGAAAUUGUUUUAAAACCUGAGCAAGAAUCAGCAGUAAGGGCUCUUUUAGCCGACAGAGAUGUCCUGGCGGUUUUGCCGACCGGAUACGGCAAGGGUUUAAUUUACCAAAUGUUUGUACGCGCGAAGAACUACGAGCUAAAUGGUAAUGCGGCGAUUCUCGUCAUUUCGCCACUGAAAAGUAUUAUCGAAGACCAGUUGCAGGAGAUGGAAUUGUUGGGCUACCCAGCAAAAGAUUUAGCCAAUUUAUCGAACGAUGACAUUCGCCGAUGUAACCUCAAAAUUGUGUUUGCAACCGCCGAAAAAGUCUAAGAGAAGCCCUUCCGAGCAAUGUUGAUGGACUCCAAAUCGAAGUUACAUCGAAACAUCUCGGCUAUUGUGGUGGACGAAUCGCACACGGUCGAGACAUGGACAGGAAAAAGCAGAAAGCUCUAA